UCAAAAUCUGAGAAGAGUAUUCUCAACAAUUAAGGAUUCUUCUUCUCUUUUCUUUUCUUUCCUUUCGUCAGAAUGCGAGAGAUUUUCCGCGUAAAUUGAUCAACAAAUCCGCCAUUGUUGCGCCAUUAUUUUCUCUCUCCUCUUUCACAACUCUUUUCUUCACUUCUCUGAGUUAACCCUUUUCCUUUUUUAGAGAGAGAAACUAACGAACUCCUAGAAUUUAAUUUCAAGCGCUCCAAGAGAGAGAGAUUCGGCUGAAAAUGGAGAUGUUACUGUUGCAGAACGAUCAACAGCAGUUUCAGCAGCAGAAUUUGCAAUCACAACAGCAUAAUUCGCAGCAAUUACAGCAUAAUUCGCAGAAUUUGCAAAAUUUACAGCAGAUUCAGCGACAAUUGCAGGUUUCUAGGGUUCCGUUUUCGCUCGAUCGUAAUGAUUCUUUUGUUUUUCAUUCUGAGCAUCAGCCGCAGCAGCAGCUGCAGUUGCCGUUGUCUUCGACUUCGACGGUUAAGUCUUCGCAGUCGCAGUCGCAGGCUUUGGAUCCUCGACAAGUUGAUGACAAUUUGUUGCUGACUCUUGCCCAUCAAAAGUACAAAUCUGGGAACUACAAGCAAGCACUUGACUUCAGCAAUAAUUUGUUCGAGAGAAACCCUCGCCGUACAGAUAAUCUUUUGCUAUUGGGUGCUAUUUAUUAUCAGCUGCAUGAUUACGAUACAUGCAUCGCAAAAAAUGAAGAAGCUCUUCGAAUUGAUCCUCAUUUUGCAGAGUGUUAUGGUAACAUGGCAAAUGCAUGGAAGGAGAAAGGAAAUAUUGAUGUAGCUAUCCGCUAUUACUUGAUUGCAAUUGAGCUUCGACCCAAUUUUGCUGAUGCAUGGUCCAAUUUAGCCAAUGCUUAUAUGCGGAAAGGACGGGUUACAGAAGCCUCGCAAUGCUGCCGACAGGCCCUUGCAUUGAAUCCUAAUCUGGUUGAUGCUCGUUGUACGCUGGGUAAUUUGAUGAAAGCCCAAGGCCUGGUCCAGGAGGCUUACAAUUGUUAUGUUGAGGCUCUUCGUGUCCAGCCUAAACUUCCUGUUGCUUGGACUAAUCUUGCUGGGCUUUUUACGGAGACAGGAGAUUACAAUAACGCUGUUCAGUGCUACAAGGAAGCUAUCAAACACAAGCCAACAUGUGUAGAUGCCUAUCUUAAUUUAGGAAAUGUUUACAAGACUCUGGGAAUGCCCCAAGAAGCUAUGUUAUGUUACCAACAUUCACUGCAGAUCCGACCAGACCAUGCUAUAGCUUAUGGCAAUCUUGGUAGUAUAUAUUAUGAGCAAGGACAGAUGGAUAUGGCAAUUGCUCACUUUGAACGUGCCAUUGCUCGUGAUCCUGGAUUCUUGGAAGCUUACAAUAAUUUGGGUAAUGCACUGAAAGAUGCUGGCCGAGUUGAGGAUGCUGUUCAGUACUAUCGUCAAUGUCUCUCACUGCAACCUAGCCAUCCACAAGCGCUGACUAAUCUUGGUAACAUCUAUUUGGAGUGGAAUUUAAUUGGUACUGCUGCUCAGUGUUAUAAGGCUACCCUUAAUGUCACCACAGGAUUAUCUGCCCCAUACAAUAACCUUGCAAUAAUUUAUAAGCAGCAGGGUAAUUAUGCGGAUGCUCUGACUUGCUACACAGAAGUUCUUAGGAUUGAUCCGAUGGCAGCUGAUGCGCUCCUCAACAGGGGAAAUACAUAUAAGGAAAUUGGAAGAGUUAAUGAAGCUAUCCAGGAUUAUAAAAGUGCUAUUGAGGUUCGCCCUAGUUUGGCAGAGGCUCAUGCAAAUUUGGCUUCAGCUUAUAAAGACAGUGGCCAUGUGGAAGCAGCUAUAAAAAGCUAUAAGCAUGCGUUGUUGUUACGUCCUGACUUCCCAGAGGCAACAUGUAAUCUCCUUCAUACAUUACAGUGUGUAUGUGACUGGGAGGGUUUAGAUAACAGGCUCAUUGAAGUUGAGCGCAUACUAAGGCGGCAAAUUCAGAUGUCUGUUGUUCCAAGUGUGCAACCCUUUCAUGCCUUUGCUUACCCUCUGGAUCCAUUGCUCGCACUUGAAAUUAGUCGUAAAUACGCAGAGCAUUGUUCUCUUGUUGCUGCUCGAUAUUCAAUUCCUUCCUUCAGUUAUCCUGCUCUGUUGCCUGUAAAGACUGAUGAAGGGAGCAGGCGGUUGAGGGUCGGAUAUGUCAGUAGUGAUUUUGGUAAUCAUCCCUUGUCACAUCUUAUGGGUUCUGUCUUUGGUAUGCACAACAGAGAAAAUGUGGAGGUCUUCUGUUAUGCCUUGAGUCCAAGUGACGGUUCUGAGUGGAGGCUGCGCACACAGUCAGAAGCUGAGCACUUUGUUGAUGUCUCAUCUUUGUCAUCUGAUGCGAUAGCUAAAUUAAUUAAUGCGGACAAUAUUCAGAUCCUUGUUAACCUUAAUGGGUAUACGAAGGGUGCAAGGAAUGAAAUAUUUGCUAUGCAACCUGCUCCUGUACAGGUUUCAUACAUGGGAUUCCCUGGAACCAUGGGUGCUUCUUACAUACAAUAUCUGGUGACAGAUGAGUUUGUUUCUCCUAGUCAUUUGUCACACCUUUACUCGGAGAAGCUAGUUCAUGUUCCCAAUUGCUACUUUGUUAAUGAUUAUAAACAGAAAAAUCGUGACGUAUUGGAUCCCAGCACCAAACCUAAACGGUCAGAUUAUGGGCUGCCUGAGGAUAAGUUCAUCUUUGGAUGCUUUAAUCAGCUGUACAAGAUAGAUCGUGACAUUUUUGACACUUGGUGCAAUAUUCUUAAGCGUGUUCCAAACAGUGCUCUCUGGCUUCUGAGGUUUCCAGCUGCAGGCGAGACUAGGCUUCGUGCAUACGCUGCUGCAAGGGGUGUGCAACCGGACCAAAUAAUAUUUACUGAUGUUGCCAUGAAGGGAGAACAUAUUAGACGCAGUUCUUUGGCAGAUCUCUGUCUUGACACGCCAUUAUGCAAUGGGCACACAACUGGCACAGAUGUUCUCUGGGCUGGUUUGCCAAUGUUGACGCUUCCCUUAGAGAAGAUGGCUAGCAGGGUUGCUGGUUCACUGUGUUUGGCGACUGGUGUUGGAGACGAGAUGGUGGUUUACAGCCUGAGAGAAUACGAAGAAAAGGCGGUGUCUUUGGCAUUAAAUAGACCAAAGCUUCAGGAUCUUACCAAUAGAUUGAAGGCUGCUCGCUUGACUUGUCCUCUCUUUGACACUGCUCGCUGGGUGAGAAACCUUGAGCGAGCCUACUUCAAGAUGUGGAAUUUAUACUGUGCUGGCCAGCAUCCUCAGCCAUUCAAAGUGACUGAGAAUGAUUUAGAAUACCCUUAUGACAGAUAGUAUGAAAUGCAAUGCAAGAUAACAACAUCGUAGAUAUCCUGAAGAGCAUAAGUUAAGGUAGAAUGAUUUAUUAUGGAGAUUAUAUUGUGUUAUAGGUAUUUAAGUGCUGGAGCUGUCAGGCCUUGAAACUCAGGUAAUUGUUGCUUUGCACUUACGGGAUGAUUGGAGAAGGGGGGAAAGAUCUGCUUAAUUUUUUUUUUUCGGAGUGCAUUGCUCCUCUCCAUCUCUAUUUUUCCACUGAUAUUUCUUUCUUUGGUCUUUCCUCUUGAGGAACAAUAAUGGUGUUGUUGUGACAUUCAA